AUGGCAGGUUUUGCAGCAGCUCAUGGACUUCAGCUCCUGCAGUUGCGGGAGGAGCUGGAUGAGCUCAUUGAAAUGCGGCAAGAACUGGCGCUGUGCUUGGACAGCGUGUCCGUGCGGCAGCAGAAGGAGAUGGACGAGCAGAUGGAGAUGAUCGAGCAGAAGAUGGGCGAGCAGAAGGAGAUGGGCGAGCAGAAGGAGACGGACGAGCAGAAGGAGAUGGACGAGCAGAAGGAGAUGGGCAAGCAGAAG